AUGAUUUCGUACUGUCCAACGAAAAGGAUUGUUUCAUUAGUGUGCGACGACCGGGACGCGAACUCCUACCGCGUCCAUCGCUUUCCCGUUGGUGCGGCACCAACGCACAUUGCUCCCCCCUCUCGGUGCACCACCGCCGCCACCACGCAGCCCACGUCGAGCACCACUCUGCGCAAUGGGCGCGAGUGGCGCGCGCGCAACGUGAGGACACCGCCGCACCAUCGACUGCCGCCCGUGCCGGCAGACCCUCCGGGCACCAUGCACCACCCGCACACCAUGAUGCGCAACCACCACGGCGGAGGCGGCGGCGGCGGCGGGGGUGGUUCUAACCACCACCACCACGUGCCGCACCACUCCACGCACGUCAGCCACCACCCGGGAGGCGGGUCCGGGCCGGUGCAGCACCAUCACACCAACGGGCACGCCAAAACCAACGGACACGUCUCCAAUGGCGGGCCUGCCUCCAGCCGCUACUGGACCAAUGGCUUCGGUCCACGACCAGACGACAAACAGAGCACGCUGUCUCGGUGA